AGCUAUAUUUAUAACUGUAAUGGGUGUAUAUACACACAUGUGUGUGUGUGUGUAUGGAGCAAUUGUCAAAGAGAGCUUCGUUUAGCCGAGCCGUACCUUUCGCUAUUGACCCCUUUAGCUCGUUCGUCUAGCAUUUUGUCCACGCACUCGCGUCACAACAAUCGUCCAGCCCGCACGUGCGGCCAGUGGCUGUUGCUCAAAUUGGCCUCGCCUAUUAAUUAAAAGCAAAAGUUGUUAAAAAAGAAAGAACUAAUAUACAUAUACAUAAUUGGCAAAGUUAAGCGAAUUAGUUGACUGGCCUUAGGACGGACCAUUGCAACAAGUUGUGCGAGGAGGUUUGCUCGGGGUUGAGUUUAACCUUGGCCUAGUUGUUGUUGUUGUUAUUGUGUGUGUCGUGUGUGGGCGGGCGCACAGUAACAGCCAAGGAUUUACUUAGCACAUGGUUGAGGAGCUUGGCUGCCCCAUUGGCAUGCCCACAGCAAGUGCGACGAAUGCAGCUGCCAGCUCGACGGCAGCAGCAGGAGGCAUCGUCAUUGUCAGCAGCAGCGGCAGCAACAUUGGCUCAAAUACAGCAACUGUCAAUACGCAUCACUAUCAGCAGCAACACCAACAGCAGCAGCAGCAGCAACAUCAACAACAACAACAACAAAAACAUCUGCAACAGCAACAACAACAAUAUCAUCAAUUGACUAACAACAUGAGCAUGCUGAACGUGAAGGGCGGCGGUCGCUAUCUCUGGACAGAUCGCGAGCUAUUGAUGCAUCUACAGAACUAUACGCCACUCAUAUUGCUAAUCGAUUUUGUGGAGAAGACACGAACCAAGCGCUUCUACGAGAGCUCCGAGCGGUAUGAGAUUCUGAUGCUGGUCUUCAUCAUGCGCAAAGGCGCGCCGUUCUGUGAGAACAAACGAUUUCCGGCUGAGUACUGGGUGAAUUUGUCUGUGGGUCCGGUGGCCGAGGCAUUCGAUCGUCUGCAGGCAGCCAUCGAUAUACCUGACCCACAGCUGCCCAUCCACAUGAGCGUCACGGACCUGACCACCUGGAAGGAGAUGUUCGAUGGGGCCAUGAUUGAUAUACGACGCUUCGCCUACCACACGGAUCCCAUGCAGCUGGCCGAUGUUGGGGUCUACAAUCGCAUUACGUUCGAGCAGCGCUUCGCCAUGCAGUGGCAGGAAUAGAUGACCUUGACCCAAGACUACAAACAAACAUACAUUACAUCCCGUCCCAGUCCCCAGCCCCCAGCCCCUAGCCCCCACUCCCACUACUCCUUUUUUUUCGUGUAGUUGAGCU